UAUAUAAACAUGUUUUAAGUGUAUAUGCAUUGAAAUUUUGUAAUUAUUUAAUGCAGUUUCAUUCUUACUUACCUUCUGUAAAAGUUGCAGACGUUUGAUGGCUGUUAGUGUAAGCAGAAAGGCGACCUCUCGAGUGUUGUCAUAUUGUACAAGUUUAAACAAUAUUCGCACCGUAAUUGUCCAACUGCGGCAAUAUUCUGGUUUUGAAAAUAAGGACGAAUCAACAAAACUGAACUACAUCGUUGAAGACACGGAUACAUCCAGAGUAUGGCCAGAUAAGUUUAUGGGACCAAUAAGUCCACAAGAUAAAACGUUUCCUUUGCCGGGAAAUAUUGGUUUGCCGCAAUCAAUUCGAAGCAAAGAACAACCAAGCAUUCAACUUCAUUCACCUGAUAUACUGGAAGGAUCGACCGCAAACGACAAACAGCUUUCAAUUGUUGCGCAAUUAAUUGCUGAAUCCGAUUACCUGGACGAGACCUCAGAAAUGUCAACUGAAGAAGAAAAUGUGACCGACUCGAUUAUCCGUAGAUAUUUUGAUGGCGCACAUGUUGAGCUUGCAUUGCAACCCUGCCCUAAAGUUCUGUAUAAAGAAUUUCAAUCGAUUUUCCUUGAGAUGCCGAAACAAGAGAUCACAGUGAUUACGUUGACGCAGAAGAGCAAACAUGAGAUGUCUAUGUGGAGUGUAGAGGUGGAGGAAGAAAGAGAAAAGUUGUUGGAAAAUUUUAUUACAACGGCCACUGAAGUCUGCCAUUUACUUCGUGCAAAUAAUUUCUGGUGUGAUUUUAUUGAUCCUUCAUGUGGACAAGCUUACUUUGGACCGUACACCAACUCUACAAUGUUUGAGACUGACGAUCGAUACAGCAGUUUAGGGUUUACUAUCGAUGACCUGGGCUGCUGUAAAGUGAUCAGUCACAAGAAAUGGGGUUCCCAUUCAUUUGUUGGAAGUAUUGUCACCACUGCGGGUGUCCAACACAGUGUAAUGGAGAAGUUGCUCCAACAUUUAACAUGAUUUUCGUAUUUAUUUCUUUUUGUGAUAAAUAAACUUAUGCAAAUGGUUUGUUUGUCUAUUUCACUUGGUUUUUAAGUUUGUCGUGUGAUAUUGGAUUAAAUGAUUGCUGAAA